AGUCUUCAAACAAUUGCUCACGCACAUUCCCCACUGCGGGGUUUGGAUAGAACUCACAAGUAAAAACAUUGUGAAAUCGAUCUCAGUGCUGUGCAUUAGUUGAGGUGAAAAUUUCAUUAUGAGGCUAGAAUAUUGAUGCGGUGAUUGGAGAUGUAGGAGGCAUAGUGUGGUUAUUAUUUCCAGUGUCAAUCUUGUCACUCUCUCUCAUUGAUGCAAGCAUCGUGUAAUUGAAUGUUAAGCUAUGUCCACUGGUUCUUAUGACGAGGCAUCGAAUUUGGUUCAGGUUCCUACUUCUCCUUUAUUUUCCGGCGCUAACGACGUUUUUGAAAAGUCAGACGACAAUGGAGCUCAGCCUCAUGACAAGUCAGACAUUCCAGAGGAUGGCAAAACUUUAACUGCAGCUAAAGGAAGCCGAACACCGUCUCCGAAGCAAAGCCCUUUUAAAAAGUCCAAAGCCUCCAAGGGUUUAGGAUUUCUGAUCAAAGCUAGGGAAGGGGCCAAGAAGGGGAGAAAAUCGCCACUGUCUUUCAAAUCGUUUUCCAAGUCUAAGAAGCACCACAGUGACGAUGAUUUUGAUGACUUCGGACCAGACGCAGCAGCAGAAGGCACAGUUGACGAAAAGGUGAAGGCUAAAUCUGAACAUUGGCAGGCUUUUCUUCAGAUGCAAGAUCGCAUCAAGGAAAAUGUACUGAAAACACAAAGCAGCAUUGGAAAACUGACGUCUGGUAGAAUCUCCCCUUCAGGUCGGAUCUCUCCUGGCAAAGGUAAAGAGGAGGAUGACAGCAACAUCCGGUUCACUAGUUUAACUCAACAGGAUAGUCUGCCGUUGGAGAAAGAGGACUUCAAAAAAACUGGCAAGUUUCGUGAAGAGACUGAAGAUAGUAGUGAGAAUCUGAACAAUUUGUAUGACUCUUCUGACUUGUCCAACUUGAUCUCUCUGCCUCACCUAACUGUAUCAUCACCAUCAGCAUUUCUGACGCUCUCAGCUACUGAGACUAAAUUCGACAUGGAUCUAGAUGCCUUUGCUGACAUCUCUAGCUCAACCACCCCUGUUAACACUGGAAGUAAUACCACAGGGUCUGCUAAUCUUAUAGAUGAGUUUGACCUCCUGGGUCUGAACUCUGCCCCACCACCCAGCAACAACCGCAUGUCAACGCAGAGUUCCUUAAAUGAAGACCUACUGGGCCUGGAAGACCUUCUUUCUCAGCCUGUUUCUCGGGACAUGUCGCAAGACAACCUGACCUGUGAUUGGUUUGGAGGCUCAUCAACGGCCCAGAGUAGUGCACAGUCAUCACUAUGCCCGAGCCCUGUUCAGUUUGAUAUGGACCUUCUGACCACACAGGGCAGACUGGUGCCAGAAAGCACUGCUGUCUCAGACUUGGCCAGAUCCCUUGUGGAUGACUUCCUUCAGUGGGGGGCUGGCAACGCUGAUGAGCCUUUAUCUAAAAAUCCUUUUUCGUCGGAUGACUUCACCUCAGAUCAGUCCUAUAGUGCCAACUCUUUUAACCCUUUUGCCACCAUAGUGGAGUCUGAUGACACAGAUAAUGAUUUCACAUCACAAAAUGACAAAAUCCCAUCCUGGUCUGCAAUCCAGGAUAGAAAAUUUGAUCCUUUUCAAACAAAAAUUGAAAGUUUGCCAGAGCCUGCUUCGACUUUUUCAGGACUGGAUCCUUUUGCACCUCAAACUUCUGCUGUGAUUUCUGCUCCACUUGACAUAAAUGCUAAUGCUGCACCUUUGGAGUCACAUGUUCCUAUUCCUCCUUUAAGACCUGCUCAACCUACUUCAAAGAAAUCAUCACGGAAAACGUCCAACCCUUUCUUGGUCAAUGAUGAUGAUCUAGCCGAUGGCCCAGUGACAUUUGAUGACAAUUUUUUUGCCAGUCGUGGCAUUUUUCAUGCUCCCGUCAAAGAUGUUUGGGGUGUGCCAAGUACAUCCGGUACUGCACAAACAGCAGCAAACCCUUUUCAAGAUGAUCUCUUUACUUCUGAUAACAUUCUUCCAGCUUCAGGCUUUGCCGAUGGUUUUGGUGAGCCAUCUACCAUUGGCCAGCCUAUAAACCCUUUUCUCACUGCUAGUUUUGAAAACAUUGCCAUCCAAGCCCAGUGCCAGCCUUUGUCUGCAGAUAAUCCUUUUGCAUCCAUGGUAAGUGGCCAAAGCCCUGCCCUUAGUCCAGCACAUAGCCCAGCAAUAAGUCCAUCACAUACUUCUGCUGAUGCUUCCAAAGUGUCUGCAUUUGAGGAGUUAGAAUUCAUUUCAGUGAACAGGACAGAGAAUAUGGAAAGUUUAGUGGAUAAAUCUGGCCAAGACAAUGUGAAGACUGCUAAUGAUGAUUUGGAUUUCUUGGGUUUGGACAACACAAAAGCGGUAACUGCUACAGUUGUCGAUGAUGACUUUUCUGGUGCUUUGAAAUUUGACAUCAGAGCCAAAUCAGCGUUAGACACUUCUGGGCCUGUGCCAAUGCUUCCACCUCCUCCCAAAGCUCCGAAAUCUCCAUUGAUGCCUCAGAGGGAAAAUCCUUUCAACAAGGAGUCUCCACCAGAAGAGAAUUUUGCCACAUUUGCUGAGAUAGAAGAAGAAAUAAAGAAAAAAGAGGAAACUGAAGCAGCAGAACAGGCUGCACUCAAAGAGAAACUCGGUCGCAUGAAAUCAUUAACUUCUGAAGAUAGCACCCCAGAGGAGGAAGGUCCUCUGGAGCCUCUUGAACCUUUUCACCUCAAACAAGACAAGGAGUUCUGGAGACUGAUGAUCAGACAGCCCACUAAGAAAAAACUAGCUGGAAACAGAUUUUGGAAAACAUGUAUUGUCCGCUUGGGUCAGAUGAAAGAUGGUCCUGUGGUCAGGAUGUAUAUGGAUGAGAAAGAUACAGAUCCCUUUCAGGAACUUCCUAUCCAACCCUGUUAUUCUAUUAGUGAUAUAUCAAUGCAGCAAUAUGAUCAGUUUGGAAAAAUCCACACGGUUAAAAUUCAAUACAUAUUCUACAGGGAAAGAGUAGGCAUCAGGCCUGAGCGAAUCACUCCUUCCUUUGUUCGUAAGCCCAAACCCAAUAUGAUUUUAGACCAUGCACCUCAAGUUUCAGAACUGAUCAAACUUGGCUGCCUGGACAUUGAUGAGAUCACAUCCUUCGUGUGGGCCAUGGAAGAUCUAUUGAUGAAGCUGGAAUGUCACAGAGAUAAGACCUUGAACUACACAAAAGAAGAAGUUCAAGCAGAAGUCUGGGAUGAGUACUUUGCAGUGGUGGACAAGGACAGCCAUGUGACUUCCCAGAAAGCUCGUGUCAGGAUAUUCUUUUUAGCCUUCCUGACAGGGAUGCCGACAUGUGAACUGGGAAUAAGUGAUCGGAGGAGAAAAGGAAAAGAAGUCGUGGGGAGACAUGAUAUCAUCCCAGUCAGAACGGAGGACUGGAUUCGAAUAGAAGAACCAGAGUUCCACCAUGUGGUUGAUUUGGAAACCUAUGAAAAGACUCACAACAUUCGAUUCACCCCUCUUGAUGCAUGCCAGUUUGAACUCGUGCGUUUCAGAGUGCGGCCUCGGGCCAACCGUGAGCUCCCUUUGCAGCUUCGAAUCACUCAGGUCAUGAAAGCGCGCCACUUUGAGGUCAGAGUUGAUCUGCUGGUCACUGGAUAUCAUGCAUUCAGCAAAAAGUGUGGCCAGUUCCCCUGUGAGGACAUUGAGGUCCGCAUUAAGAUUCCUGAAGUCUGGAUUUAUUACUUUCGCUAUGAGAAGCGUUUUGGAUAUGGUUCUCUAAAAGCCAUGGCAAGAAAGCCAGGAAGAAUCAAAGGACUUGAACGUAUCACAAUGAUGGCCCAAGGUUUGCUCACCCCUGCUCUGAUGGAAGCAUCAGUUGGCUCCGCUAAAUAUGAGCAUUUAUAUAGGUCAGUUGUAUGGCGGAUACCUCGACUCCCAGAGAGAAACCAUGGUGCUUACAAGAACCAUUUGUUUGUCCUACACCUCUCAUUGGGUCAGCAUGAUGAAAUUCCAGAUCAGCUGGACCAGUGGGCAGAUUGUUCCUUCACCAUGCCAGCGUCAACUGUCUCCAAGGCCCAAGUCAGAUCAAUUAGUGUUGAGAACCCAGACCCACCAGAGAAAUGGGUCCGCUACAUUGCCAAGUAUAAUUACAAAGUGGAAAUAGACAAUCAUGUUGAGACCGAGUCUGACAAGGAGACCAGCGACUAGAAGUCUCACUAAACCACAAGAUAGAGGAGUGAACAAAAAAAAUGUGCUUUUUUUUUUUCUAGGACAUUGACUUGUGAGUGUCUUAAUGGUUGAAAGAUUUGAAAGGGAGAUUAUCCUGUUUAUUUUAGGACACUACUUAUUCACUCAUGCUUUCACACUUUUGAUAUACUCCAAUGGAAAAUAUGUGUCCGAAGGAUCAAAAUGUGUCAGUAUUUUAGAAAUACAAGUUUUGAUCAUGAAGGAAUGAAACUAUAGCCUCAACCUGUUUUCAAUUUCUUUUUAAGUGUGUAAAUCAAAGCAAAACUUUUAUGGACUUUUUUUUUUUUAAACUUGUAUAUUUUCAUUUCUUUUUUAUCCCUGCAACAAUUGAAAUUAAAAAAAAUAAUUCCAUUAAUCAUAAUAAUAAUUAGUUUCGAUAGUACAUUUUUCAUUUUCUGAAAUUUAUCUUACAAUUACAUUAUUUGAUUCGUUUUGAUUCUUAGGUCAUCCUGACAUUGUUUUAUAUACAUUUGUUUUCUCAUAUUAUAAACUUUCUCUAACCCUUACCACAAACUAAAACCACAAAACAAAACUUCAAUAAACAUAAUACUCUAGAAUAUUAUUUAAAUCUUAUUAUAUACUUUUCAUAUCAUUCAAGAUUGUUAUUUAUUUUGAACUUCAUAAUGUUUUUUAUUCAUUGGAAAUCUUGUGUACACUAAAUCAAAAUUUGGACUAUGUCAGCAUUGAACAACAUUCAUCCCAAAAAAAAAAUAAAUCCUAUUUUUCAACUCAUAUCAAAAGUUUCAAUGCACUAGAUUGGUGAUUAUAUUUUGUAAGAUGCUUUGACCUACAAAAUUGAUGUCCUACAUUUAUUCUUCUUAUCUUAUAAAUUACAAACUUUACUUCAAAAAAGAAGAUAAUUACGUCCUACACAUUUCAUGUGUCAAUCUAGUCAUGCAUGUUGAUCAAUGACUUAAACUCUGCUCAGUCGUUGGUUUUCCUGGCUGAUUCAGGCAACCCAUACCAUUCUCUAAUGGCACUUGGGAAGAAGGAGCACUUGUAUGAAUUUGAUCUCAUUAGCACUAGAAGAUGAACAGUAAAUAAUACCACUGUUUCUUUAUGAAUGAGGAAUUCUUAAAGAUGAAACUGUCAAACAUUUGCAAAAUAAGCUUUUGACAUUUCUACAUUAAGACCAAUUUUGUUCCAACUCUAUUAUUUAUAGAAGAAGAAAAAUGUUUUUACAAAGACAUAAUUUUGUUUGUUUUACAUUUGUUUUAAAACUGGAACAUUCCUAUGUUGUUGGUUUUUAGUUUAAAUAAAUAUACAGAAUAACAACAAAAAAAAAGUUUUACCAUUACCAUAUAUAUAUAUAUUAUAUAUAUAUAUAUACAUAUAUAGCUCCUAUAAAUAUCUGUAUAUCUAUAUGUAUGUCCCUAAAGCUUGCGGCGGUGGCUGAUGACAGUAAAAAUAGUUUGUGGAGCAUCAGCUUCCAUAUGAUAUAAUAUAAUAUAAUUAUUCAUGCCACUAUGACCUAUGUCCCUUCCCUCCUGAUGUCUUGACCAACUUAAGAAACAUCUCUACCUGCUGUCUUAACCAACUUUAUACAACCUGACAUCUUAACCAGUUUUAAACAUCUCCACCUGAUGUCUUAACCAGUUUUAAACAUCUCCACCUGGUGUCUUAACCAGUUUUAAACAUCUCCACCUGGUGUUUUGACCAAUUUUCAAUAUCAAAAUAUAUUAUUAUUUACCAUUUAUUAUGUUGUUUUUUUUUACUUUACAAAUAACCAUGGCUCAUUUAUUUUAUACUUACUUUUUUUUAAUUUAUGAAAGGCAUUUAAAAUUGUUUUCAGUAUUAUGUAGAGAUUUAUGUACUUGUAGCUUUAAAAAUUAUUGUAUACUUUUUUUUUUUAUUUUUAUCAUCUUUUUUUUUUCUAUAAACAAAAAAAUUUUGUGUGUUCUUUUUUCUUAAUAAGGAAGCACUUUCAGCAGAAACCAGCAAAUAUUGAACUUUUUCUAGUAAUUGGUUAACCUGAAAUGUUUUAUUUUUGUGUGUGUGCAAUAAAGUAGAUUUAUUAAAUGGAAAUGAAUCUAUGUAUUAGUUAAAAGAGAUUUUUUUUUUAAGUCUGUUGUCAAUAAAGCAUGCAUUAUUGGAUGGCUGGUUGGUCGGGUGGUAUAAUCUUUGGGGUGUCUUUCUGAUGGUCUCGAGUUCAACUUCUGCCCAAUUCCAUCCUGCAGGAGGUUCUUGCUAGGACUUAAUAUUCCUCAUAUCUGAAGGAACAAAACAAAACAGCCGCCAAGACUAAUGAUUAGAAUUUGAUAUAGGAUUACUUUGUGUUGACCAAACAUUCAGUAUAAUACUGUUUGUUUUGUGAUGCUGUUUAGUUUUAUUUGUCAACCAAACUCAGUAUCUUAGCUAUGUGAUGAUGGGAAUCUCUUCAAGUGUAAACUGCCUGUUCUUGAUGUCAAAUGCUGUAUUUCAAAAAGAAUGAAUUCUAACUGCCUGUUCUUGAUGUCAAAUGCUGUAUUUCAAAAAGAAUGAAUUCUAACGUCUCCUCUGUGAUCUUAUUGAAUGGAGUGAUACUCUGUGUCAGAAGAAUCAUGUCUUUGUCAUGAAAACAAAAGCUGCUGUUCCUUUUUCAUGCCGAUUGAGUGUUGAAAUAACUUCUGUCUAUAUACAUGUUUAUCAAAAUGGUGUUAAGGUUUUUUAAAGGAAGUAGUGGAACUUUCUAGUAUUAUAAGUACAUACAAUAGAGGACUGUGUAUUUACUGGAAGUAUUUGGGUUAAUCUAGACUUUAGUAUUCAAGCCUUUUCUUUGACAAACUUAGUCCAAGCUUAGAAGUAUUUUUAUAUGUGGUAUUUGUGUAAAUAAAUUACUGAGUAUAUGUUUAGAUAUUUAGAUUGAUACAUAUAGUAACGUUAUCUUAUAGCCCUGAAUGAAACAACAAUCUUUGUUUAUGAACACUAUUUUUUGAAAUUAGUGUCUGAAUGUUUGCCAUAGCAUUGAGUCUACCACGAUGUGAUUUUGAAUAAACUUCACAUUGUUGGAAUUGUAUGUUGACAUGUUUAUAGAAACUGAACUGAUCUUGGUGUAUGUGUUUAUGUAAACUUUACAAAGUGGAGAGGAGCGUCAACCAAUGUCAACCAUUUUGUGUUGUUUUUCUAUUUUGCAGAUUUUUCUUUUCUAUUUAUUUUUUCCCCCUUCCUAACCCAGAAGUGAACAUUUAUCUGCUUAUUGAAUGUUGUGAACUGUAUAGAAGCACUGCUUUAACUCCCUUAGAUCUCUAAAGAUGUGUUAUUUUGAUCAGUGAUACUCUAGAAAAGUUACUCCAUUGUUUAUGAUCAGUGAUAUGCAUGAAUGCAUUGACUGUGUUAUUAUUAUUAGAAGUAGUAGUAGUAAGGGAUAAAAAAAACAAAAACAUGUCAUUUACAACAGUGAAGGAGGUUUUUUUUGUUCAGUAAAUUUGACAUUUAUUUCUGGGUACCAUAUUGUAUACAAGUACAUUAUAAUUGUAACUGAAACCUUGGUUUAUUUUCUAAACUCUUAGACCUUUAAAGUUAAUGAAAGGAUGGCACAAUAUCAGCUUAGUCAAUUAAAAACAAGUUUUUAUAAGUUUUUAUAGUAGGUUUUUAUGCUGAAAAAAAACAACUUUUGGAAACUAUUGGAAACUAUUAUAUCCUAUUAACCAAACAAGUCUUUCUGUCAAUGCAUCUGUUAUUAGUAUUAGAGUCAUUAAUUUAGUACAACUUUUUAAAAAACGCCUUUUUGUUAUUGCUUACCUGACUGACAAUAGAAAAGUACAAAAUUUAAACCAAUACUUGUCUGAGACUAUUCUUGGUUUACACAAUGCCAUGCACUCCUACUGUUGUGAGAUCUGUUGUCCAUAUCAAAGGCACACAUCUAUGUAUGUCACCUCCCAGUCCUAUCAUUACAUUAUUCAUGACAUUAUUAACUGUUACCUCUGGUUUAUACUUUGCUCUCUCUAUAUAAAUGUGUCAUUUCUACAGUAUUUCCAAUGAGAUAGUAGAUUCUAGAAUGUGUAUGUAGAAGUUUGUUUCACAGAAAUGAUGUUUAGAUGAUUUCAUUUUGAAGAGAAUAAAAGAAAGAAACUUAAGAAAUAUUUUCUUUCAAUGCAUCUCAUAGAUAAAUUGUUUUCACUUGUCUUGAUGUCAAAUAUAUUUUUUUUAAAUCAAAAUUCUAUUGCUUGUUUUGAGGGGGAAUUAACGGAUGUGAUUACAUGAUCAUCUAGUAAAAUCUAGUUGAUAGGGGCCUCCAGACA